AUGGAACCGGGAGUAAUUCGCAAACUAGACGAAGUGGUCGUAAAUCGCAUCGCUGCGGGUGAGAUUAUACAGCGACCAGCAAACGCAUUGAAAGAAAUGAUGGAAAAUAGUCUGGACGCAAAGGCAACGAGCAUCCAAAUUACGGUUAAAGCCGGUGGCUUACGUUCGCUCCAGAUUCAGGAUAACGGAACCGGAAUUCGGCGGGAAGAUUUAGCGAUUGUGUGUGAACGGUUCACCACUUCCAAGUUGCAAUCUUUCGACGACCUGUCAUCGAUCAGUACGUACGGUUUUCGCGGUGAAGCGCUGGCCAGCAUCAGCCAUGUGGCGCACCUAACUAUCAUAACGAAGACGAGGAGCGAAAAGUGUGGCUUUAAGGCGUGCUACGAGGAUGGUAAACUUAAGGGUGACAUCAAACCGAUCGCUGGUAAUCAAGGCACCCAAAUUACGGUGGACGAUCUGUUCUACAAUGUGCCGAUGCGAAAGCAGGCACUCAAAACACCGAACGAGGAGUUCCAGCGCAUAUCGGACGUGGUCGGCAAGUACGCGGUACACAAUCCGCAGGCGUGCUUCAUUUUGAAAAAGUUCGGCGAACCGGCAUCCAUUCGAACGCUACCAAAAUCAACGAUCGUACAAAAUAUCGGUACGAUCUAUGGGGGUGCUAUCGGGAAGGCUUUGGUACCGGUCGCAACCAAGGAUGACAUUUUGCAACUUUCGGUGGAUGGGUACGUAACGAAUGUGAAUUUUUCGCUUAAAAAAGGCAUCUCGCUUUUUUUCAUUAAUCACCGGGCGGUGGAAUGCAGCGCGCUGAAGAAAGCGAUCGAUGCAAUCUACUCACUGUACCUGCCCAAAGGGAGUGCCCCGUUCGUGUACCUAUCGCUGGAAUUGAACCCACAGAAUGUGGACGUUAAUGUGCAUCCAACCAAGCACGAGGUACACUUCCUGCACGAGGAGGAAAUCAUCGAGAAAGUAAAGUUGCUCGUAGAGAAAGCUUUACUCGGAGGAAAUGCGGCACGUUCCUACACGCAGGCGUUGUUGCCCGGUGCAAACCAACCGUUGGACACUACGAAAGCGAACGAAUCAAUGCUGGUAGGAGACGAUAAGCCUCGGUUAGAUUAUAAGCUGGUGCGCACCAGCCAUAGCGAGCAGAAGCUGGAGAAAUUCUUCAACAUCAGCGGAAGUGGUAGCGGAGUUCAGUCGAGGGACGAUGAACCGCAGGAUGAGAAAGCGUUGGAGCCUAAACUCACGCAACCUUCACCGGAAACGAGACUAUCCAGCAUCCACACGCUUCGGCAACAGGUUGAAUCGGAUGGUGACGAUAAUCUGCGCAAAAUAUUCCGCGAGCUUACCUACGUCGGUACGAUCGAUCGGGAACAGGUGCUGAUACAGUACGACACGAAGAUGUACCUUGCCAAGACGCAACCACUUGCGGCAGAACUGUUCUAUCAGCUGUUGCUGUUUAAUUUCGGUAAUUUUGACCGUCUAACGCUUUCCGAACCGCUCGAAUUGAAACGACUGGUUCAUCUUGCACUGGCCGAUUCAAACAGUGGCUACACGGAGGAGGAUGGACCGGCCGAUGAACUGGCCGACAUUAUCGUAGAGAAACUCGUCAUGAAAGCACCACUUUUGCGCGAAUAUUACAAUCUUUCCAUCCGGGAGGAUGGUUACCUCGAAUCGUUACCGAAACUGCUCGACAACUACAUACCCUCAGUGGUGUUUCUGCCCAUGUACAUCAUACGAUUAGCCACGGAGGUGGAGUGGGAAGAGGAGAUGGAAUGCUUCCGGACUUUUAGCCGCGAAACGGCACACUUUUUCUCGCGCAUUGCACUUACGAAACCCACCAAAGAGUACCGAUGGGAGCUGGAGCACGUGAUAUAUCCGGCCGUACGGAAUCAGCUGAUUCCACCGAAAGAAUUCUCCAAGAACGGAUGCCUUCUACAGCUCGCCAGUCUUCCCGAGUUAUAUCGCGUGUUUGAACGUUGCUAA